AUGAACAAUGAAAAUAAUAAUGAAGAGAAUGACGUCAGCAAUGCUGACGUCAUUAUUUUUAAAAACAAUACGGCGUCUGGAGCUUCGUUAUCAGAAGUGGGAUCGCUCGCCACUUCCGCUCAACAACAACCUGAUGCUACAACAGAACCAGACCAUAGAUUGAAUACCACAAGCAAUACUGGAACUGUGUUGCCGCAAGACCAGCCACAAUCAGCAUUGUUAAACGCAUCAAUGAACAGUAUACCACCGCAAUUCCUUAUGCAGAUAAUGCAAGUGAUGCAGCAAAUGUCGGAACGUUUAAGUACACCACCAGAAACGAAAAUACGUAUUAAUGACAUUUACUUACCAUCUUUUGAACCCGACACUAAUGUGGGAGUACAGAACAUGUUUAUGACUCUUCAAAAGACAUCUCGGUUUUUAUCACGUGCUUGGGUCUUAUGGAGAAGAAUCACCAAGGACAAACUAUCAAAUGAAGAUGCAGUUGAAGCAGUGAUUGGUUGUGUAAACGAUGAAAGACUUAGGAUCGAGCUACUGAACACGCGGGCCACAACGGUAAAGAUUGGACCAAGAACUUUUCAGGCAGUUUUUGAUAGUGGUGCAGAAUGCUCACUUAUACGAGAAUCUAUAGCAGCUCAAUUGCCAGGAAAAAGACUAGAAACGGUAAAUUACUUGAUGGGAAUUGGACAAUUUCCUGUACUUUCAAUAGCUACACUUGUUACGAUUGGGGUCAUUGAUAACAUCAAUGUUGAACCACAAUUCUACAUAGUGGCGGACUACGAGAUGACGACAGAUAUUUUAAUAGGAAUGAACUUGAUAAAUAAUACAAAUCUCACUAUGAUGAUUACUUCGGUUGGAACAAGGUUAACACGUCUGCUGAAUAUCAAUCAGGUUCAAUGUAUGAACCCGAUCUUUGAUAAAUUGGAUUGUGACCUCACGAGUGAAGAAGAUAUUACAAAAUUACGCACGCUUCUGAACAAAUAUCAACACCUGUUUAUCAGAGUCCAAAUCGUAGUCGACGGAGGCAGAGAGUUUUUGGGCGAAUUUAAAACCUACUGUGACCGGGUAGGAAUAGAUGUCCACGCUAUAGCACCAGGAGUCAGCCGAGCCAAUGGGCAAGUAGAACGUGUCGUAGCAACAUUAAAAAAUACUCUUGUUAUGAUCAAGAAUUACGAAACAGAAGAAUGGCACACGACACUUGAAGAACUUCAACUGGCACUAAACUGCACUUCUCAUCGUGUGACAGGCGUGGCUCCGCUUACUUUACUUACCCAACGCAGACAUUGUGUUCCUCCAGAACUGCUAACUCUCGUAAAUAUUGACGAGCAGACUAUUGAUAUUGAAGCACUCACUAGCCAUGUUCAACAAAAAAUGUCACAAAAUGCAGAACAGGACAAGCAACGCUUCAAUUCAAAAAAAGCAAAGAUUCGUCAGUUUCAGCGAGGUGAUUAUGUACUCAUUAAAAAUAAUCCUCGUAACCAAACUUCAUUGGAUCUAAAAUUUAGCGAGCCCUACGAAAUAUUGAAAAUCCUGAACAACGACCGCUAUCUAGUAAAAAAGGUGGUUGGUUCAGGGCGUCCAAGAAAAGUUGCACAUGAUCAACUUCGUCGGGCACCUCAACCUGGAGACCAGAUGACCGUAUCGGCGGAAGAAGUCGACUCUCCAGCAUCAACCAAUGAGGCUAUAGCAUCUACUUCACGAAGCAAUAUAGUCGAACAACGAACUCAAGAG